AUGAACGGUCAUCGGGAUCGGGCCUUGGACGCCGAUCCUCCCAUACCGACGUACGACGAAGCCGUCGCCGCGGGGACUUUGUGGAGCCAUGCAGAUGAGAGAUCUGGUGGAGACAACACAGAAUCCCAAUCACUAUUACCAUCACAUAGCAAUGCUGGCCCUUCACGGCAUCACCCUGCGGGGUACAGGCCUCCGACCGUUGAGACAGACGACGAAGAUAGCGAGUGGACGAGCGAAGAAGAAGACGAUGACGAGACCAUACAAGUGCGACGGGAGAUCCAUGAGAUGGAAAUAGAAGAGGCCGAAGAGCGCACGCGAUCAUCGAUCUGGGGUAAACGUAUGCCAUUCUCCUUAUCACUGCCCAAGUGGAGAUGGUCUUGGCGCUUCCGGAUACCACGGCCUCAAAUUCGACUACCUUCAAGACCCGAAGCCAGCGGCGACGGCGAUGUUGAAUCCGGCGAGGGGGAAGGAACGAGGAGAAGGUGGAAUAUACCCAAAGUCGAGCCCUCGGUAGUGUUGCUCUUUAUUGCUCGAAUCCUGGCGCUUUUCGUUGUGAUUGGCUUCUUCUACAUCAUUUUCGUAAGUGACCUCUUGACCGGGGUUGCGAACCGCGUCGGCGCGGGCAUACGACCCAGCAUUGAAGAUCUGAGGAUCUUCCUCCACAAUCAUCUCGACGAAGCGCAUAUGCGCACAUCGGUCAAACACUUCACCAACUACGCCCACGUCGCGGGUACAGAGGGCGAUUACGCCUUGGCGGAGGACGUCCGGGAGAUGUUCAUUCGGGCGGAGCUGGAAGAUGUAACCAUGGACCGGUACCAUGUUUACCUCAACUAUCCGAAGCCUGGUGGUCGUGCCGUGGAGGUUUUGGGAGACGAUGGGAACCCUGUAUUCGCAGCAAAGCUAGAAGAGGAGGAUAUUGCUGGGGUUUCUGCUGGAAGGCAGACGUUUGCUUUCCAUGCUCAUUCCAAGUCUGGCGAUGUCAAGGGUCCGCUCAUCUAUGCAAACUACGGCUCCCGUGAGGACUUUGAUAUGCUCAAGCAGGCCGGCAUCAGCACAGAAGGAGCAAUCGCCCUCGUAAGGUAUUCUGGCACUCAGAAGGACCUUGCACUGAAGGUGAAGGCUGCGGAACUUGCAGGCUUUAUUGGCUGCAUCGUCUACAACGACCCGGCCGAUAACGGGUUUAGGAAGGGCGAUGUAGCGCCCCACGGACGCUUCAUGCCAGCCGACGCCGUUUCGCGCGGCUCCGUUAGUUCCUCGAGGUGGGUCGUCGGUGAUGUUCUCACCCCUGGCCGGUCGAGCACAAAAGAUGCCGAGCGGGUCUCGAAGUCGGAUGCUGCCGCGCUUCCGGGCAUCCCGAGCUUGCCUCUCGCCUCGCGGGACGCCGGGCCUUUGCUCAAGGCCAUCAAGGGCUUUGGCCAGCCCACUUGGCACGCAUGGGUUGGUGGCGUUCCUGACAUCGGUGACUGGUGGACUGGCAACUUGUCAUCCCCAAUCGUCCACCUGAAGAACGAACAGGACGAGAUCGAGAGGCAGGCCGUCUGGAAUGUGUACGGCAGGAUUCAGGGUAUCGAGCAGAAUGAAAAGUCCAUCAUUAUCGGUAACCAUCGGGAUUCUCUAGCCAUCGGUGCUACCAACCCUCACAGCGGUACAUCUGUCAUGAUCGAGCUGGCGCGAGUGUUUGGAGAGUUGCGCUCUCGCGGAUGGAUACCCCUUCGCACCAUCGAGUUCAUGUCGUGGGAUGGAGCGGAGUACAACCUCAUUGGAUCGACGGAAUACGUCGAGCUCAACGAGGAGGACCUCCGCGAAAAUGCCUACGCCUAUAUCAACCUCGACCGUGCCGUCGUGGGUUCCGAGUUCCACGCCUCCGGAUCGCCCGUUUUCAACAAGCUGCUGUUUCGGAUCCUAGACCGUCUAUGGGACCCCGCCUUCAACACGACCCUUCGAGAUGUGUGGAAUAACCGGAACGGCGUGCUUGAGAACCUCGACUGCGAAAGCGAUCACGUCGCCUUCCAAGAUAUCGCCGGCACCAGCUCCGUCGAUCUCUCUUUCCAGGGUCCAGGCUUCCCCGAAUUCACGAGCUACGACAACUUUGACUGGGUCGAGGCUAUCGGCGACCCGGGAUUCACCUACCACCGCAUGAUGGCCGAGAUCGUCGGCCUCAUGGUCCUCGAGCUCUCGGACCGCUACAUUCUCCCCUUUGACAUGGAACACUACGCCAACAAGCUCGGGACGUACGUGAAGGAACUGAAUGUCUGGGCCAAGGGCGUUGCCAGCAAUGCCCCCGGCGACAAGAAGCCUUCGCUCGACCUCGCGCCGCUCAUCGAGGCAGUUAAGCUUGUCAAGGCGAGCGCGCAUGACUUUGCCAUGUGGGAGAUGGAGUGGGAUUCUACAGUGCUUGGUGGUGGGGGGUGGGAGUCGACGUUUAUGAAUGGGCGGAGGAAGGAUUAUAAUAAUCGCAUGGCGCGGUUUGAGUCGGAGCUUUUGGAUCCCGCUGGGAUUCCGGGACGUACCCAAUUCAAACACGUCGUCUUCGGCCCUUCCCGCUGGGAUGACACGACCAAGUCCCAGUUCCCCGCCAUCCGCUCCCUCGUGGAAGACGGCAAGUGGAACGAGGCCAAUGUCCUAGUAGGGCAGACAGCUGCGAUUCUCAUCAAGGCCGCAGAGCAGCUCAAGCUCGGCUGA